AUGGUAAUGAAUUUGUCUGAUAAACAGCUUGCUGACUUAAAUAUUGCUAUUGCUGAUUACUUGAGGCAGAAAGGAUUUGAAGAAACUUUUAAAAUAUUUCAAACAGAAGCUAAUGUUGAUAAUCAAACAUUAAAUUCAAAAAAUGAUACAGAUGCAUUGGAAAGAAGAUGGAGAGCAGUAGCUCGACUACAAAAAAAAGUUACUGAUUUAGAAAAAAAAUUGCAAGAAUAUGAGACUGGUGGUUUAACAAAUACAUCUUUGCCUGGAGCUACAACUCGUGGAUCUAAGAAGGCUGAUGAAUGGUUACCGAGACCACCAGAAAGACUUGAAUUAACUGGUCAUAGAGGACCUGUUACAAGAGUUAUUUUUCAUCCUAUAUAUAGUGUUAUUGCUUCAUGCUCUGAAGAUGCAUCUAUAAGAAUUUGGGAUUUUGAGACGGGAGAUUAUGAAAGAUCUUUGAAAGGCCAUACAAAUGUUAUUAAUGAUAUUUGUUUUGAUGCAAAAGGUAAAAUGCUUGUCUCUUGUAGUUCUGAUGUUUCAAUAAAAGUUUGGGAUUUUACUGGAAAUUAUGAAUGCUUAAAAACGCUUAAAGGUCAUGAUGCAGAUAUUUUGACUGUUGCAUGCUUAACUAACAGUGAUCACAUUUUAUCUGGUAGUCGUGAUCGUACCAUAAAAAUGUGGGAACUUGCUUCAGGAUAUUGUAUUUUUAAUUUUUGUGGUCAUGAAGAUUGGAUUCGAAUGAUAAGAGUCUCUCCAGAUGGAUUGUCUUUUGCCUCAGCUUCAAAUGACAAGACUGUUCGUGUUUGGAAUAUACAAACUCGUCAAGUUCGUUCUAUUUUAUCAGAACAUGAACAUAUUGUUGAAGCAGUUGCUUGGGCUCCACCACAAUCUGUACAAUAUAUUGUUCCUGGAGAAAAUAAAGAAAAUACUGAAUCAAAUAGUUAUAUUUUGAUAACAGGAUCUAGAGAUAAGACAAUUAGAAUAUUUAAUACUGUUCAAGGUUUUUGUAUGUAUACUUUGACUGGUCAUGAUAAUUGGGUUCGAGAUCUAAUUGUUCAUCCGGGAGGAAAGUAUCUUAUAUCAGUUGGAGAUGAUCGUACAAUGAGAAUAUGGUGUUUUGAUCAAAAAAGAAACAUUAAAACAAUAAAUGCACACAAUGGAUUUGUGUCAUGUAUAGCUAUGCAUCAUUUACAACCAUAUAUUGCAACAGCUUCAAAUGACAGUAGCGUUAAAAUUUGGGAAUGUCGGUGA